AUGUCAACUUUCAUGCGCACGUCUCCCACUCAAUGUGCAUCCUUCAUUCGGUUCACUGUGCGCUGCUCAAUGUUCUACUCUUUUCUCUGUAUUUUUUUAUGUCUCUCUGUGUAUCUUCUCUUCUUAGCGUCUCGCUUGUUGGUAGUGGGUGAUCUGGGGGCUUACAUGCGGUGCAUGCCACUUUCUCACAAGACUUUGACGCAACAUAAAUUUCAGAAGCUCAGUGCCAUAUUUGAUGUUGGGCGACAUUUUUAUCAUCUACUUUCUUUGGAGUGUACGGCUUUGAUCGUCUGUGUGCGUGGCGCAUUCCACUUCAAUCCUGCCAUGGGUUUCGACGCCGCCACCAUCUCAAGCAACAAUGACAAUUUCGACCUCGACUGCUGGAGAAAGAAUUUCAAGGACAAGCAUGCAAACCUGGCGAAGAAGAUGCAUUUCAUGUAA